CGCGUUCGGCAGCAGCAGCAACAACAGCCUCAGCAGCAGCAGCGGCAACAACAGCCUCAGCAGCAGCAGCGGCAACAACAGCCUCAGCAGCAGCAGCAACAACAGCCUCAGCAGCAGCAGCGACAACAGCCUCAGCAGCAGCAGCGGAGGCAGCGAAGAUGUGUACGAGGCGGAUUUUGAGCGACUCCGAACUGCGGGGACUCUUAUGCUAGCGUCGUGAUACGUUCUCGGAGUCACCCGUGCGGACACGUAGACACACGUGCGGUGUCCACGCGUGUAUUUGUCGUAGUUUUUUUUCUUAUUCUUUCGAGUAGUAUUCUUGUAAACUAUAAGCGCCGGGUGUAGCACAGCCCCUCUGCGCGCGAAGCACGCGCGCGCGUAACGCAACGGGACUGUCGCGCCCACCCGGACCGGUCCAUCGCCACCGCUCAUGCCCUGCCGAGUCGCGGGUUGCGCUGGCUUCCUGCGCCUGCACGAGGCUCUUUGAUGGGAAUUAAAGUUCGGGAGCCGUGCGCCAUCACCACCAUCAUCACCACUGCCGCGCACCCGACCCCGACAUGGACACUCAGCGGCCGGCGGAGGCGGGCGGGCCGCGCCGGUACCAGGAGGCCCCCGGUGCGCCACCACCACCACCACCGCCGUCAUCAUCCUACAAGGGGGUCCCGGCUCGCUCCUGCACCCCAGCUCGCCUCCGGGAGCGCCUGGAGGCCGCCUCCUUCUCGCUGGGAUGUAAACUCCAGCGCAACUGCGGCAAGGCUCUGUUCGUGGGCGUCCUCGCCUUCUGCGCCUUCGCGGUCGGGCUGCGCGCGGCGAGGAUGGAGACGGACGUGGAGGCGCUCUGGGUUGAAGUGGGCGGGCGGUUGAGCCGCGAGGUGUCGUACACGCACGAGCACCUGGGCCCCGACUCCGCACUGGGCCUGCAGCUGCUGAUCCAGACUCCGCGCGGGGCCAACAACGAGGGGGGCAAGGACGAGGGCAACGCCGCGGGCAACGCCGGCGUGCUCACGCCCGACGGCCUCGCCCAGCACCUUCGCUCCGCGCACGCCGCCAGCCGCGUCUCCGUCAACCUCUACGGCCGGAACUGGGACCUGAAUAAAAUCUGUUACAAACCUGGGAUUCCGCUGACGGAGAACCGCGUGCUCGAUCAGGCGAUGGAGAAGCUUAUCCCGUGUGUGAUCGUGACGCCGCUCGACUGCUUCUGGGAUGGAGCCAAGCUUCAGGGAGGGAAGUUUUACCUCUCGAGCACACUGGAGUACCGCUGGACCAACCUGGACCCGCAGGCCUUCCUGCAAGGCUUCCAGGCUCUGCGCGACCUCGACCUUGGCGACCUUGAGGAGCUGCUGUCCCGGGCCGAAGUCGGCCGCGGCUACGUGGACCGGCCCUGCCUCGACCCCACGGAGCCCGACUGCCCUGCCAGCGCCCCCAACAAGCAGCGCCGCGAGCCUCUGGACAUUGGGCGGGAGCUGUCCAAGGGCUGCCAUGGCUUCUCGCGCAAGUUCAUGAGCUGGCAGGACGAGCUGAUCAUCGGCGGAGCGCGCCACAACAGCAGCGGCUCGCUGGCGAGCGCCGAGGCCCUGCAGACCAUGUUCGUGCUGAUGAACGCGCAGCAGCUCUACGAGACCUACAAGGACAACUACGAGGUGUACGACCUGCGCUGGACGCUCGACAAGGCGGCCGCCAUCCUCGAUUCCUGGCAGCGCAAAUUCGUCGAGGUCGUGCACGCCAGCGUGCCCGCCGACUCCGCUCACGACGUGCUGCCCUUCUCCACCGCCACCAUCGAGGGCAUCAUGAAGUCGUUCUCGGAGAUGAGCGUGAUGCGUGUCGCCGGGGGAUACGUCCUCAUGCUGGUGUACGCGUGCGUGGUGAUGAUGCGCUGGGAGUGCGGGAGGUCCCACGGAGCCGUGGGCCUUGCCGGGGUCCUCCUCGUCGCCCUCUCCGUCGCCUCGGGCCUCGGGUUCUGCUCGAUCGUCGGCCUCACGUUCAACGCCGCCACCACCCAGGUCCUCCCAUUUCUGGCGCUUGGGGUGGGAGUGGAUGAUAUGUUCCUGCUGGCUCAUGCUUUCGUGGGACAGAGCGACAACAUCCCCUUCAAGUACCGGCUCGGGGAGUGCCUACGCGAGACGGGCACCAGCGUGGUGCUCACCUCCGUCAACAACCUCGUGGCCUUCCUCAUGGCCGCGCUCAUCCCCAUCCCGGCGCUGCGCAACUUCUCCCUUCAGGCCGCCGUCGUCAUCGUCUUCAACCUCGCCAUGAUGCUGCUCGUCUUCCCGGCGGUGCUCGCCCUGGACCUGCGAAGACGUCGGCAAAACCGCAUGGACUUCCUCUGCUGCCUGCCCAGCCCGUGCGCCGAUCGCGUGCUCACGGUGCAGCCCGGCGAGUACCGGGAGGAGCACGGCAGCUUGGGCUCCCACUCCUCCUCGUCCACGACCACCACCGCCAGCGGCGGCAGCAGCGGCGGCACCGACGCCGCCAGCGUCGUGGCCCCGCACGCCGUCGCCGCCACCACCGCCUCCUUCCCGGUGCACGGCCACGCCACGGCCUUCACCAUGCGCGCCACCGUGACCGCGGUGGCGCGCUGCGACCCGUCGGGCCAGCACGUCAUCACCGUGCUGCCGGCGGCCGCCCCGCGCGUGACGGCGUACGCCGUCCCGGUGGAGGUGGCGGCCGCGCCGUCGCCGUGCUCGCGCCACUCCUCGUGCUCCUCCUCCGCCGCCGCGCCCGGCCCGGACGCCUGCACCUCGACGCGCGACCUCAUCGCUCAGGUGGAGGAGGCCGCGGGGGCCGCCGGGGCCGGGGCGCCGGCGCCGGGCGGGGAGUGCGGCGACUGCUCCCCGCGAGCGACCGGGUGCCUGGGGAAGUGGACGGCGUCGGAGUUUGCGCGCGACCGCUACGCUCCGCUGCUGCUGAGGACGCCCGUCAAGGUGGUGGCCGUGGUGUCGUCGCUGGCGCUGCUCGCUACGUGCCUCUACGGGACGACGCUGGUGCGCGACGGCCUCGAUCUCAUGGACGUGGUGCCGCGGGGCACGCGCGAGCGCGCCUUCCUGGAGGCGCAGGCGCGGCACUUCUCGCUGUACGCGGUGCACGUGGUGACCACGGCCGGCGUGGACUACCCCCGCGCGCAGGCGCAGCUCUACGCGCUGCACGAGCGCGUAGGGCGCGUGCGGCACGCCGUGCGACACCGCGACGGCGCCAUCCCCAAGAUGUGGCUCCACUACUUCCGCGACUGGCUGCUUGACCUGCAGAAGGCGUUUGAUGCGGAGUGGGCGUCGGGGCGCAUCUCGCGCGAGAGCUGGCGCAACGGCUCCGAGGCGGCCGUGCUCGCCAUGCACCUCAUGGUGCAGACGGGCGACCGCGAGCAGCCAAUCAACUACGGCCAGCUGCCGGCGAAGCGGCUGGUGGGCUCCGACGGGAUGAUCGACCCGGACACGUUCUACGAGUGCCUGACGGCGUGGGCCAGCAGCGACCCCCUGGGCUACGCCGCAUCGCAAGCGGCCAUCCACCCGCAGCUGCCCGAGUGGAUCCACGACAAGUACGACUCGGACCCCGAGGGCAUGCACAUCCAGGCGGCGGCGCCCAUCGAGUACACCCACUUCUCCUUCUUCCUGGGCGGCCUGCGCGAGACGCCCGACUUCCUGAGCGUCAUCGAGACGGUGCGCGCCAUCACCGAGGAGUUCAGCGAGCGCGGGGUGCCCUGCUACCCCAGCGGGCUGCCCUUCCUCUUCUGGGAGCAGUACGUCGGCCUGCGCCAGUGGCUGCUGCUGUCCGUGGUGCUGGCGCUAGCGGCCGCCUUCCUCGUCACCGCCGCCUGCCUGCUCAGCCCGUGGACGGCCGCCAUCGUGGUACUCGUGCUGGCGGCCAUGACGGUGGAGCUCUUUGGCGUCAUGGGCUUCCUGGGCGUGAGGCUGAGCGCCAGCCCCGUGGUGACCCUCGUGCUCUCCGUGGGAAUCGGCGUUGAGUUCACCGUGCACACCGCGCUGGCCUUCACGAACGCGACGGGCGGCCGCGACCGGCGCGUGGCGGCGGCGCUCGAGAAGACGCUGGUGCCCGUCCUCCACGGCGCCGCCUCCACCUUCCUGGGCGUCGUCAUGCUCGCCGCCUCCGAGUUCGACUUCAUCGUCCGAUAUUUCUUCGGCGUGCUCACAAUCAUGACCCUGCUCGGCGUUUUCAACGGACUCGUGCUGCUGCCCGUGUUGCUCUCCGUGCUGGGCCCUCCCUCCCAGGCCGCGCGCAAGCGGACGGGCGGAGUACGAGUGGACGCGCCGCCGCCCCCGUCUGCGCGGCCCGCGUGCCGCUGCGCGGCCUACGCGGCGAGCCUGCGCUACCUCGAUGGCCCCGAGGCCCCGCGCGCCGGGACGGAGGAGACGGGCGAGGAGCUGCGGCCGUACUGCGAGCGCGCCGGCCACGCAGGAGCGCCGGCGGCCGCCCUGCCGCUCCCGCACGUCAUGGUGGAAGCCUCGGACAGCGGCUUUGCGCCCCGCGUGAGCCUGAUGCAAGUCAAAAUCCCAGACGCUGACGGCGCCCAGGACAUCCUGCAGGAGCCACACCGGCACAACGGCGGCGCCUCCGCUCACCAGCUGCACUCGGCCCGCAGCCGCGAAGCACAGGAGAACCUCCGCAACCAGAGCCACCAACAGCAGCAGUGGCAGCAGCAGCAGCAGUGGCAGCAGCAGCAGCAGCACAUCCACCCGCACCAGCACCACUACCGUCGGCAGCGCCGCCCGCGGUCGGGCGACCCCGCGGCCCGCGAGCCGCGCAGGACUCAAACGCCGGCGCCGCCCGGCUGCUGCGGGGUCAUCCCCACGGUGACGGCUACCACCUCGGUGACGGUCGCCAUCACGGGGGGCAUGCCGGGCGCGCCGCUGGGGGCCGCCGUGGCCGCGGCAGCGGCGGCGGCCGCGGCCGGGGAAGGCCGAAGGGCGCCGGGCUGCAAAGUGAGGACGAACCCGUUUGAGGGCUACGCGCACGCGGCGUACGACGACAGCGACGAGGGCUGCUUCCCAGACUCGCCGGAGGCAGCGCGGCCCGGCUCGCCGGGGUCGCCCGGACUUCCGGGAACGCCGGACGGGCACGAGGACCGCGACUCGUUACGCGUGGAGGACCUGGAGUGCAUCGCGCCGCGCGUGCACGGCCCCGCCGGCGCCUUUUGAACGACGCGUGUCGGGAGACCCGCAGACGCGAGCUCCGCCGGAAGCGCCAACCGCCGCCGCCCGCGAUAUUAUUUGCGUCCACUCCGCUGGUCGCGCGCGGACUAUGGGGCGAGAGACGGACGAAGCGUCGGUCGGAGCGCCGUUUUGGCGGCGCGCUCGAUAGACGUAGACUGUAACGCACCCACGCACACGCCACGCAAACACACACACUCCUCGUCGCGAAGAUUAUUUAAUGAUGUAAACACGAGCGUGUAAAAUAAUCUGUACAGCACACACUUGGGCAAACGUUGAGUCGUUGUUUUAUUGUCUCUAUCGAUUUGCUCUAAGACUAUAAAUAUUGUACGACCGCAUGUACGGAUGAUAAGUGUAACUAUUUUCUUACACAGAUGCUUCUUAGCGCGUUGGAGAAGUCCUGCUGCUGUUUUCUGUACCAUAGUUUAUUAAUAAUGUAUUUAAACCUUGCUGGCAAAAUUUUAUUCUAUGCAAAAAAAGAAAAAGUUUCAAAAAAUUCAACAAAAAAAGGUUCAUUAGUUUAAUAAUAAAUAAAGGGAAAUAAAAGUAAUGUAUCGUGUUUAUAAUGGAAACGAAUGCAGUGUGUGUGUGUGUGCCCGCGUCCCGUUCUGUGCGAGAGAGGGCUUCUCCGUUUGGUGCUAACCCAGCAGUAGCAGUAAAUUGUCCAUCACUGAACGCCUGUGGCCAGGUAGCGCUGCCUCCGUCGUAAUUUAAUAAAAGUCUAUUUUUUGUACGAAGAGGGAAGGCAUUGUUCUGAUAUCGGCCACCCCCACACCCCUUCCCCCCUCCCCCCCUGUGCACGCGACGCAACGGGGAGCUUGCUAUCGGACACAGCGAAAACGUAUAUAGAAAAAAAAAGUUGUAUUUUUUGAAUAUUUAUUAUAUUGUUCAAAGUUAAUUAAAGAUAAUAAGUAAAUAAAAAUUUAAAUUACUUUGCAGAACAAAAUAAUGGCAUUGCCAUAUCGCUUGCGGCGGCACCUGGGACCAAAGCUUCAAACGACCAAAAUAAAUAAAAAGUUAUAUAUAUACGACUUUGCCAAGAGCAUGGCGAGUUCAAAAUACGACAACGCAGAGCAAACCUCCGCGAAUCGGUUUUUCGUUUGAAAGUUUGGCCCCCACGUCGCCUUCUUUUGUACCACAUAUCAGGGACACUUGUGUUUUCUUCUCCUUAACCGUUUCUCAGCCUCCAGAUUAAUAUGCUCCUCUUGAGUUGAGUGCAUAGUGUUUGAGCAAACUAAUGGUAAAUAUCAAAUGUAUAGUUUUUAUGUGACUGGUUACUUUGCGGAUUUUUGAUAUAUAUUACUGAGAAAAUACAAAAGUUUUACGCUAGACGGUCGAUAUUAUUAUUAUUAUUUGCCAUGUGCGAUGUGCUGGGAGUUUGUGUUGAUAAGGCACGUAAGUUAUUUAUAUGAGAAAUCUAUUUUUGUAGUGCAUGUACAGAUUAGCUGACAGCUGAUGACAAAAGUUUAUUUUAAAAGAGUUUCUUUUUUUUUUACAUUUUAAAUACAAAUGUCACUGUUACGUUCGACAUCAGACAUGCAGGGCGAUUCGCUGAUGGAUACCCCAUGAUGAAUUGUAGGGAGAACAGCAGCGCAUUUCCAAGGCCUCUGCGCGUGUCCAACCAAUCUCAAUGGUUGAACAUUCUAACGCCGAACAUUCUAACGCAUGCCCCUUCUCUCCCUCGCCGCAACAAGACGUGGCCGCCACCGUUGUCGCUACGAUAUUCCGUCACCUGUCGAGAGAGGAGAGUGAGAAGAUAGCCGCUAGAAAUGCGCGGGGUGUCUGUGAGCGGAUCGCCUUGUACAUGUGUAACUUUGUACUGCCAUGUCCUGCGGGGGGGGUGGGGGGUGGGGGGGAGAAUAAUUAAAUCUUGACUGUUGAAGCUUUUUUAUUUUAUUAUAAUGGGAUAUUAAAGGUUUUGACAUUUCCGAAUCCCACAGUGGAGACCCAGUGAUACCUCUACAGCUCUGAAAACAUGAUGCAACGGUUUGUUUUAUUUGUUGAUAAGAGAUGUAUAAUGAAUAUUAAUAUUCAAAUGUCGAUAGUAAAUGGUCUAACUAAUAAACAUGAAGAAAU